AUGGCCCUGGGCUACCGCUUCACCUUUAUCGAUGAGGCGCCCGCGCCGGCGGUGCCCCGGUUCCGCAGCUGCCCCGUGCGCGGGCGCGAGGCUGAGCCAGAGGAACAAGUGAUUUGCCGCCAGGUGGCUUGCCUCCCAGACCGGGCCCGGCGCAUCCACGAGCCGGCCCCAGCGCCAACACCCGCUUUGAGUACGGGCAGUGUGGGCCACCCGCAGGUGUGCCGGCGCCCGUGCGUCCACUUGGCGAAGGGGGCCUGUCACUCGGGCAGCGCUUGUGGCUACUGCCACUCGCCGGAGCAUCGCCGAGCCAUCCCCGACAAACGGGAUCGCCAGGCACUAGGCGCCAUGUGCGAGGCGCAGUUGCUGGACCUGAUCAUUCCUCAUCUCCGCAGGCUGACUGAGACCCAGUUUUACCAGGCCAAGCCUUUGGUCGAGGUGCUUGAGCGCGAGCUCGCCGUGCGGCACAUGCCCAAGAAAGCGUCAGAGGAGGAUAUCAAGAGGCUGGAGAGGACACUACGGCGUAUGAGAGUCUCCGGCCUCGUCGGCUUGAUCACCUCAAGGCGCUGGAAAGGGCCGCUGCCACAAGUCUUGCAGGAGGCAAUGAACUCCCUGCGGGAAGAGUUGGCCGUGGCCUGA